AUGUUAUAUACUGCUAUUGCCGAGAUUUACAAUAUAAAAGAGAACUAUGAUCAAGCUUUGACAUAUCUCCAACAAAGUCUGACUAUUUUCCACAAAUGUUUACCGCCAGAUCAUUUCAGUAUUGCAACAACCCAUGCUAACAUUAGUAUUGCUUCUCACUGGGCCGCUUUGUACGAACAAGCAGCACGUCACUAUGAAAAGGCAUUGGAUAUUGCUUUGAAAUGUAAAGACCCAGCAAAUUUGCAGUUUAUUGUAACAACACACGACAACGUUGCUCAGACUUAUGUUAAAAUACGUGACUUUAAGAUGGGUUUAUAUCAUGCGGAACAAGCAUUACAAAUCCGUUUAAAACAUCAUUCACCGAUGAAUAAUGUCGAUUUAGCAAUGAAUUAUUGGCUCUGUGCAACCAUUCUUGGUGCGAUGAUUCAACCAAAAAAAUCACUGGUACAUUUAGAAAAAGCUAAUGCCAUAAUUCAAGUAACUGACCAUCCAAAACUUAUCAAGUUACGACCGACUAUCGAACAAAUAAGACGACUAUUAAAUAAGCAAAUAUACUUGAAAUAA